CUUAUAACACAUACAGGUGUAUGAAAAAAUAUCAGUGAAACAAUACUAACCUAUCAUAAUUUUAUUAGUAGAAAUGUUUAAUUUGUGAAGAUAUUUUUUUACUGAACUGUGUGCGUUGUUUUAAGUGAAAAUGACAUUCAAAAUGCAAGUAAAGAUUUUAAUGGUGGUGAUAUUUUUAAUGAUGGCGCCUAUGGUUUUGUCACGGAUAAGAAGAUUCUCGAAACAUCAAUCGAAUUCGUUAUCGAAAGCCCGAUGUGAUCUUAUGUGUAUUGAUGUUAAUAAGGAAACUAGAAGUAAGUGUCGAUCACAAUGCAAACUACAGGAAGAAAAGCCAGGGACAUGUCCUGCAAAGGAUACACCUAAAUGGGAAGCAGCGUGCGUGGAGGCUUGCAACAGCGACUCUCAAUGCGAUGGCACCCAACGCUGCUGUCGACAUACAUGCGGCUCUACUUGUAAUGAGCCUGUUGAUCUGCUGACUUUGCCAGGGCUUCCAGCUUUACCAGUGAUGGACAAAGCCAAAGAGAAGAAACGAUCAGUUCUUAUCAAAUGGUCAGAUGGCGUUGGAGAUGCUGCCCGAGCUGUACCAGGGAGAACCUUGUAUCUAUUAGAAGAACAACAUCAUUUGGGACCGAAAUAUGAAGAGUCAAGACUUGGACAGUGGAAUUUAUUAUUGAGGACAAAUAAAACAAAAGCGUCGCUUCGAAACUUACUAAAGCCAGGUCGUUGGUAUCGAUUCCGUGUGGCAGCAGUCAGUGGAGCAGGGACACGAGGGUUCUCAUUACCUAGUGCUCCAUUUACACCACGUAGAGGACCUAGACCACCCCCUCCACCAAAAAAGCUGAAAGUAAAGCCGCUAAAGUCUGAAAAUGGCACAUUUACCAUACGAUUGGAAUGGAAAGAACCUAAAUCUGAUUUACCUGUUAUGCGCUAUAAAGUAUUCUGGAGUCGAAGAGCUAGAGGCGUCGGUGGAGAGCUGGACUCUGUACUUGUCAAUCAUCAAACAGUUCCUAAGGAUCAGACGUCCAUAGAAAUAAAGGAUUUACAAGCGAACUCCAUGUACUUUUUGCAAGUGCAAACAAUCAGCCAGUUUGGUCUCGGCAAGUUGCGUAGCGACAAAGCAGCAGUAUUCUAUAACACCACUGGUUCUAACAAUUACAAUCAGAAACAAGAUUCCCCGGCACAGUUGCUACGUAAACGUGACAGAAAAAUAAAGGGAUUGAAACUACAUAAAGUGGUGUGGAACAAUCAUAAACUAAAGGCGAAAAUCUCAUGGGACAAUGCCGUCAACAAUAAUGAAGAGCGUGGAAAAUAUUACGUGUACUGGAGAACACAGAAAUGUCAUAAUCCAAAAAAUGCCAAAAAAGAUUUUUCAGCAACAACUGAGGAAACGACGUUCGAGAUUUACGAGCUUGACUACCAAUGUAGUUACGUAGUCAAUGUUAAUAAAUUACACAAAAAUAAAUAUCCAGAUUCAGAACUCAUCGUAACCGUACCUGGUUGUGAAUAUUUCAAACAAAAAGUUAACAACGGCACUAGGUUUACAUGUGAUACUUAAUAUGAACUAAAAUAUAUUUACAUAAAAUUUCUAGUUUAUUGUCCAAUUACCUCUAUUGAUAGCAUCUAAGGCUAAAUAUUUUUGUAAAAUCUGUAUACGACGAAUAAUAACUAUAAGGAUAAUAUUGUACAUUUUCAAAAGUAUUAUUAUAAGUUUAUAUUUUCCAGCAGUUUCUAAUGUAUCUCUGUCUUAUAUAAUCAUCAUAAAUAAGUUUUCUCCUUAUAGUCAAAUAAACACAAAACAGAAUUUUUAACCUUGAUACUGGAGUAAUUUAAUACCGUUGACAGCGUUUCUUUGUACGCAAUAAUGCCCUAAAGUAACUGUCAGUAUGCUUUAUUUCAAUAGUUUUAUAAUUUUUUAGAUAUCAAACUAAAAAUAGAACAUACUCGUACUAUGUUUGGUAUUACUCACAUACUUCAAGUUCCUGUUUUUCAGAGUUUUUAUAUUUAUUAUGAAUGUUAUUAAAUUCAUAUAUAUAUGCCCCGAUUUAGUACUUAACUUUGUGUGUUUGGUAAAAUAUAUUUUUUCACAGUUAGUGAGCGAUUUUUGUGUAUUUACUUAUGUGUGUAGAAUGAAGUAUCGAAAAGUUUGUUAAGACAUUUAUUUUAAAUGUACUUGUCAUAAAUUGCAUGUGACAUUUAAAGGAUGACAGUUUUGUUUUAAUUUUUUCGUAUAAUGUUGAGUAAGUUCAAUUAUUAAACAAUGUACCUACCUAGUUAAGUAUAAGUAAAUAUAGAUUAAGUUGUUUGUAAUUACCUAAUGAACUUAAGUAGGUAAUUACUUUACUAAUAUUAAACAUUCAAUGUAUA